UGUUUCGAGCUAAAUUACCAGUUUUUAUUUGUUUUUUUGAAAAUAACGGGGAAGAAAGUUGUUAUCGACAGUGUUGUGCAAUGUACAAGAAUGCACUGAGGGGAGGUGUUCGUACGGCCAAACAAGCCUGGAGGCUGAAAAACGAAAUUGGCAAACUCAACUUGGAAGUAGCCAAGGCGAACACCGAGUUCGAGCAACACUUGUGCGAAGCUGCCAGACCCAUCCAAAGCUGUUACCCCGCAACCGCAACCCAGCCACAGUUACUAAACCCCAGUGAGAAUAACAGCAAGUCCUCCUGCAACCAGAACUACUCCUACACUUCCAACAACCAGAAAAACUGCAACGUUGCUAACCAUUAUCGGCUGUUUGCUAACGUCUCUCCCUCAACAUUCGAUAAGCAUUCUAACGCCCAUAUCCGCCGCACAGAGACUGCCCAUCUGAACGAGCUGAUUUCGUCGAAGCAGUUCUUCAAGGUUCAGAAGCAAUUCUAUCGCGACUACUCCUCCGUCUCUCUGGGCGCUUCACUGAAGAACUCGGACGCACCGCUGCUCGGUGACUUGUGCAAUCAGUAUCGGGCCAUCUUAGCGUACACAUCGGCGGACGUGGGUCCAGGACAAAAGGCAGGCCAGCCACAGCAACAGCAGACUCGACGGGCGCACACUCAACAGGAGACUCGAGUGCAGCAACAGGAGGAGGUUAACGGCAUGGCGCAGAAGCUAGAGUUCAAGCGGCUGCCCACGAAUGUGGUGCCAAAGCAUUACGAGCUGCUACUGCAGCCCGAUCUGGAGGCUUUCACAUUUAAGGGCAAGACAAUAGUGCAAGUCCAAGUUAAGGAGCCGACCACACAGAUCGUCCUCAAUGCCCUGGACAUAAUCAUCGAGGAGGCGCAGCUGGAGUUUGAGUGCACCAAGCUGAAACCAGACCGCAUCGUCUACUCCACGGAUGCCGAGACGGCGACACUGGAGUUCGAGCAGAGUAUUCCCGCGGAAACGGCCGGAGUGCUGCACAUGUCGUUUACGGGGGAACUGAAUGACAAGAUGAAGGGCUUCUAUCGCAGCAAAUACUUUACCUCCAGCGGGGAGGAGCGCUAUGCGGGCGUCACCCAGUUCGAGGCCACCGAUGCGCGGCGCUGCUUCCCCUGCUGGGACGAGCCCGCCAUCAAGGCGACAUUCGACAUCACACUGGUGGUGCCCAAGAAUCGGGUGGCCCUGUCCAAUAUGCCCGUCAAAAAGGAGGAUGCCCUGGACGGCGGCCUGCGCCGUGUGCGUUUCGAUCGUACACCCAUCAUGUCCACCUAUCUGGUGGCCUGCGUCGUCGGCGAAUAUGAUUUCGUGGAGGGCAAAUCCGAGGAUGGCGUCAUUGUGCGCGUCUUCACGCCCGUAGGCAAGCGCGAGCAGGGACAAUUCGCCCUGGAUGUGGCCACCAAGGUGCUGCCUUAUUACAAGGACUACUUUAAUAUUGCCUAUCCACUGCCCAAGAUGGAUCUAAUUGCAAUUUCGGACUUCUCGGCCGGCGCCAUGGAGAACUGGGGACUGGUUACCUACCGCGAGACAUUUGUUCUCGUUGAUCCCAAGAACACAUCGCUGAUGCGCAAGCAGUCCAUUGCCCUCACCGUGGGCCAUGAGAUUGCACAUCAGUGGUUCGGCAACCUGGUUACCAUGGAAUGGUGGACACAUCUGUGGCUCAACGAGGGCUAUGCCUCCUUUGUGGAGUUUCUUUGCGUGCACCAUCUGUUCCCCGAGUACGAUAUUUGGACGCAGUUCGUCACAGACAUGUACACGCGUGCCCUGGAGCUGGAUUCGCUAAAGAACUCCCAUCCCAUCGAAGUGCCUGUCGGUCAUCCGUCGGAGAUUGAUGAGAUCUUCGAUGAGAUUAGCUACAACAAGGGCGCAUCGGUGAUUCGCAUGCUCCACGACUACAUUGGCGAGGAUGACUUCCGCAAGGGCAUGAAUAUCUACCUGACGCGCCAUCAGUAUGGCAAUACCAGUACCGAGGAUCUGUGGACGGCACUGCAGGAGGCGAGCUCCAAGAAUGUGGCCGAGGUCAUGUCCUCGUGGACACAGUACAAGGGAUUCCCCGUGGUGAGCGUUGAGUCCGAGCAGAAGGGCAAGUCACAGCGCAUUCUGCGCCUCAGCCAAAGGAAAUUCACGGCCGAUGGCUCCCAAGCCGAUGAGGACUGCCUCUGGGUGGUGCCCAUUUCGGUGUCCACCUCUCGCAAUCCCACGGCGAUAGCCAAGACCUUCCUGCUGGACAAACCCUCCAUGGAGGUCGUUCUGGAUGGUGUUUCCGCCAGCGAUUGGAUCAAAAUCAAUCCCGGCACCGUGGGCUACUACCGCACGCGCUACUCAAAGGAAAUGCUGGAGCAGCUGAUGCCAGCGGUGAAGAAUAUGGAGCUUCCUCCUCUGGAUCGACUGGGACUGAUCGAUGAUAUGUUUGCCAUGGUGCAGGCGGGUCAUGCCAGCACGGCCGAUGUGCUGGCCCUCGUGGAUGGCUACAGAAACGAGACAAACUACACGGUGUGGACAGCCAUCACCAAUUCCCUGACCAAUCUGCAUAUUCUGAUAUCCCACACGGAUCUCAUGGACGACUUCCAUCGCUUUGGACGCAACCUCUAUGAGCCAGUGGCCCAGCGUCUGGGCUGGGAGCCACGCGAUGGCGAGAACCAUUUGGAUACGCUGCUGCGCAGCCUCGUCCUUACUCGUCUUGUGUCCUUCCGCAGCAACGAUGUCAUCGAGGUGGCGCGCCAGCGCUUCCGCAGUCAUAUAAACGGUACCAAUCUGCUGCCCGCCGAUCUGCGCAGCACCUGCUACAAGGCGGCGCUACAGGACGGCGAUGAGAAGGUCUUCGAAGAGAUGCUCGCCAUGUACCGCACCACGGAUCUGCAUGAGGAGCAGGAUCGCAUCUCACGGGCCCUCGGCUGCAGUACCGAUGUGAAGCUGCUGCGUCGCGUCAUUGAUUUUGCCAUGUCGGGUGAAGUGCGCGCACAGGACUCUGUCUUUGUAAUAGUUGCCGUUGCCAUUAAUCCCAAGGGCCGUGACAUGGCCUGGGAGUUCUUCAAGACCAGCAACAAGCAGCUUCUCGAACGCUAUCAGGGCGGCUUCCUGCUCACGCGACUGAUCAAGUAUCUCAUCGAGAACUAUGCCUCCGAGGAGAAGGCCAAAGAAGUGGAGGAAUUCUUUAGGGUAACGCAGAUACCCGGCUGCGAGCGUACUGUCUCCCAGGCCGUGGAGACAAUACGCCUGAAUGCCGCCUGGCUGGAGCGUGAUCGCGCGAAGCUAUCCACUUACCUGAAGAGCGUAUAGACAUGGUCUCGCCCUCGAGCAUACCAAAGCAUUUAACAAACGAAUCACAAAAAGAGUAACACCGGC